AUGACAACAGUAAAAUUCUAAUUAGAAAUAAAUGAUUAUAAUGGAAUCGACUAAUACAGACUAAUUUGGAAAGAUAACAUAAAAAGUAAGUGGAUACAUAAAGUUAAACCAAAUAAAAUAGAAUGUAAUGUAUUUUAUUUUGAAAUAACAACAACAUCUAAGGAAAUAUUAUAUAAAUACAUUAAUUAAGAAAAUGCAAGGAUAAGACAGUAAUAGUAAAUUCUUUCAAUUAAGGAAAUCGAUUUCAUACAAAGAGACAUAUGGGACAAGUAAAAUGUUCAAAUAGAAUUAAAUUUUUAGGAUCCCUCAUUUUCAAAAAAUAUUUUUUUUUUCCUUCAAAAUAAAGAAGAUUAAAAAUUAAUAAAUUUUAAAAAUAACACUAAAAACUCAAGAUCAAAUAUAAUAAGAUUAGAUUAGAAUGAGAAAAAAAUAAGUUUUAAGGUUGAAUAUUAUUCAGAAGAAGAUUUUAAUUUAUAUACAAGUUAUUUCGAUUUAGAGUUUCAUUAAAUAAAACAUUUUAGAUAAGCAAAUGUCCUUAGACUGAUAUUAGAUUAGCAAGAUAUAUUCAACAUAGUCUCAAUCAAAAAUAAAGAAAAAAUUUAUAAAACAAAGAAUUAAAAUUUUUUAAUUAAAGUGUUUUAACGUAAUAUAUCAAAUAUUGAUGAUUAAAUGAUGACAGAUAAAUUUGAAGCUUAAUUGUAGUCAAUUGAACUAUAUCAUAAAAAAGUUGACAAAUUUUUACAGGAACAUACUUAAAAGAUUUAAGAGAUACCAGCUAAGUUACAUUAAUCUACAUUUAUUGAAGAAAUUUCUAAAAAAAUAAAAUAAGUAAACAAUUUUAUUGAUGAUAUUUAAAAUUAAUCUAAAAUAAUAAAUUUGCCCAUUUAAGGUACAAAAAUAGGGAUUGAUGUAAAUAAUAAGAUUGGUGGUUCUGUUAAUUUACCAAAAAUAAAAUCAUUUUAAGAUUUAGAAUUCAAAAAAUUACUUAAAUUUUCUGAAAAAAACCCUUAAGAAUAAAGAUAUGCUCAAGACAUUUUUUAAGAUAAAUUAAAAUAUCAUUAAGAAUCUUUAAGAAAAAUAUCAUUAACGAAGAAAAUUAUUGAAAUUAAGGAAAAUUAAUAAAAAGAAUAAUUAAAAAGGUAACAUACUGAAUUGGUAAAUACUUAAGAUAAUAUAUAAUAUGAUAAAAUAACUUCAAACUUAAAUUAGACAGCUUAAAAAGUAAUUGAAUUGUUAUAAAAAUAAAUUAAGGAUUAUUCUGAAAGCUAAAAGGCUUUAUAAGUAUAGAUUACGAAACUUUAUUAAGAAAUAAAAUAGUUAAAGUUUGAUAAUGAAGAGCAGAAAAUUAUUAAUAAAAAUUACUUAAGAAGAAUUUUUUAAUUGGUACGAAAAUAAAGAUAAAAAAAAAAAAGUAACUUUUAAAAAAAAGAGGAAAAUGAUCCAAUUAAUAAUAAUGUUUAAGAAGUUAUUUCUAAAAAUUCUGAAGUAUAAAAUGUUAUGCUUGAUAGUGUCUAUUAAAAAAAUGAAGAUGAAAUGCAAUCAUUUUUAAGUGCAGAUGAUAUAAGGAAUCCGAUGCUUUAUAGUACUUAAAUAAUUAACUUUUAAACAUAAUAACAUCUAUCCUAAAGCAGAGAAAAAACAGAGAUUCGAAAUUUUGAUAGCAAAACAUCUUUAUAAUAUAUAGAUGAACAUUGA